AUGUCCGACUUUGUGCUCUCCGAGCACGACAUCGUAGUCAACAUCUGGAUCUCCAUCGGCGCAGCCAGCGUCUCCCUCGUUCUCUGCUCUAUCGUCCUAGGCCUCGCCUAUCUUGUCUGGUCUCGUCCGAACACUCGGCCGAUGAUUGAUCGAGUAUCCUUCCGACUACUCCUGUGGUCGGUGGCUUUCGAGAUGGUCUAUGAUAUCGCCUACAUUAUGGUGGAACUGGACUCGGUCUUCCUCUUUGGGAAUGGGCUCUGCGCUUCCAGUCUGUACUUCAUGAUCGCAGCGAUGACUACUGUCAACUACCUUUGCACAUGUAUCGCGGUCAAUCUGAUGCUGACCAUAACGUUCGGUUUCAAUCCCGUCAAGCUUGGGUUGGAGAAGUGGUACGUCGGCACCUCACUCCUCAUCGGCUUCAUGGUCCCGCUGGUCCCCGCUGCCACUGGGCAUUUCAGGAAUGAUCCUGUUCUGGGCGUAUGCUGGGUUUCGGGAGACUCACUGGAAGUCCUCAUGAGACGGAUCAUUCUUGACCUUUACCUCUGGCAGAUUCUCUCAUGUUUCAUCGCCACACUCGCCGUCAUUAUCGUCCUCACCACCCUCUUCCGCCAAGGCCGGGAACUCUCCGCAGCCCUAUUCGCAAGCAACCAGCUCAACCAGAGCAUCUUUGCACACGGCAGUCCCGACCCCGCCGAUCUCGAGGGCGGAUCGGGCCAAGCGAAAAAGGGCAUCUGGGCCCGAGCGAAACUGUGGCGUCGGAAUCGCGUUACCAAGUCCAAGGCCAAGGCGGAUGGCUCGCUCAAAAGUCAGCUGGAAGACGCCUUUGUCCGGAUCGCGUUCCAGAUCAGUCUGUACCCCAUCUCCCUCAUCGUCGUCAAUGGGAUCAUCACCGUCGGGGAGUUGUGCGUCACUCAGGCCGAGGGGGUCCACUCGCGUCCCGUCUUUGUGCUGUACUGUAUCUAUUAUUUCCUAUACGGCGGUCGAGGAAUCGCUUUUGCAGCUCUCGCAUUCUUCAUCGACCCGUGCUUCCGCCGCGCCCUCGGCGAGGCCUGGCGAACCCGCAAGACAGUCUCCCAGUCUCCCACGCACCAGCAGCUCCAAAGUGCCUCACCUCGCGAAGGCGUCAAGCAAUCUUUUGCCGAGAUGCUCGCUUCCCAGACCCCUACACUGGCAUACGGCGCCACCGUCCCUCCAUCCUACGAGUCCGACACCAAGAACCUCUCCUCCUCUUCCAUCGCCGGGUCGAGUACGGACGAUGUACAUCUGCCCCGUCUGGACGCGCGGUCCAAUUCGGCCGUCAGCUACGAUAUGGGCCUGGCGUUGACUGCAUUGGCGGCCGAAUCGCCUAUACGUAGCACCUUUGCUCCGCCAGCUCAACAUCCUACUCGGUCGUUCCCUGGCGUACAGACAGGCCACCUCCCACUAGAGAUGACGGACGACAUGGACGUGGUCGCCCCUCUUACGGUCCCCAAAACGCCCCAGGCGCACUUCUCGCUUCCCGCGAUACAUGGACCAGAGAUGACGGGGCUGGGAAUGCGGAUACCCAGCGAUUCGGAAGAGAAGCUGGAACCGCUCGUUCCGGACUUGCCGGAUGAGGUGGAGGAGGAAAGGCUGAGACGGCGGGCAGAAGCGGAGAAGAAGAAGGCCGAGGAGGCCGAGAUGGAGGAAACUUUGAGGGUGUUUAUGGCGACCAAGGCGAUGUUGUGA